UUGGGGUGUUUCAAUGCUCUUCUUGUUCUUCAUCUUAAUUUGCCUUGUGCCCCUGCAGUAGGUAUGGAGGACAAAGAGCCAAUUUUGUCUACAUUUUGAUUAAAAUUUUGUGGGUAUGGGCAACUGGUUCACCUGUUGCGUUCAAAGGCGUGAGAAAGUCGCAGGAAUCCCUAAAGCUGAAAUUUUAACGUUUGUCAACUCAAUAGGAACCAGUGAACAUGCCAGUCACCCAUUGCCUGUUCCAGACAAGAAUUCUACCGGGAAAAAGAGAACAGGGAUUGUACCAAGUCCAAGGUCUGAGAGUGAAAUACUAUCAUCUCCUUAUCUAAGAGCGCUUUUGCUCUCUGAACUUGCAAAGGCCACCAACAAUUUCCAUCGCGAUUGCCUUCUUGGUGAAGGAGGAUUUGGUUAUGUUUAUAAGGGAUGGCUAUGCGAGGAAACACUAACUGCUUCAAGACCUGGAUCAGGACUGGUAGUUGCAGUAAAGAAGCUCAAGCCUCGAGGAUUGCAGGGCCAUAAGGAGUGGCUGUCAGAAGUAAAUUAUCUUGGGCAACUUCGUCAUCCAAACUUGGUCAAGCUCAUUGGAUUCUGCUUGGAAGGUGAAAACCGGCUGUUAGUAUACGAAUUUAUGCCAAGAGGGAGCUUGGAGAAUCAUUUGUUUCGAAGUGAGUUAUUAAUUCAUAUUUUCUUUCAACUACUUUAGGGUCCAUGUGAAUGA